AUCAACCUUUAAAAAACAGCAUUGGGGAACUUGUGAGUGACAAUCGGUGUGUAUGCUUAGACGAGAAUACAGUUUUCACUUUCGUCAGUGUCCAUGCUAAAUCUGCCGUGGAUUACGACAGGAACACGUCGAAAAAGAUCACAGUUAGACUAAGACAGUUUCUAGUGCUCGUUGUCUGAAGGGAAGAGAAGAUACAAAACAAAGAAAUUCAUAAUUGAAAAAGAUUUUGAAGUCUGCGAGUCUAGAAGAACCGAAUGGAGAGCUAUGUUAUCACAUCUCCUUCAGAUGGCAUGCUUUCAUAUGACCAUGAUCAGUAUCGGCCGGCGUAUGAAUUCUAUUCCUACCUCAGCUCUGAAGUAAACGGCCACGGAGUCCAGACCGGGUGGGAAUGCCAGCCUGUCCACUUCACUGAGCUUCACCCCACCCCGUAUCACUAUGGUGAUGUCGACCCCCUGCAUUACCCCUUAGAGCCCAUAUUUGAUGGACAUGCCACUGACGUUCCUCCACAGUCCCUUCACUAUCAGCACUCGUCUGCUGCUCAGUGCAGCACGGAUGAAGACACAGGAGGCCACAGCCCCCCUCCGGAAGGGUACACAGGAGGCCGUACCCCCCCUCUAGAAGUGUACCCAGGAGGCCGUACCCCCCCUCUAGAAGUGUCUGAAGGGGAAGAGGAGCAUUCAGAACAGCAUGCCCACUACUUUGGCACUCAAUCUUGCACCAACAAGAAACUGCGACUGUACCAAUUCUUACUGGACUUACUGAGGACUGGGGAUAUGAAGGAAAGCAUCUGGUGGGCAGACAGAGAGAGGGGAGUGUUCCAGUUCUCCUCCAAACACAAGGAAGCUCUCGCUAACCGCUGGGGGAUGCAGAAGGGCAACCGGAAGAGGAUGACCUACCAGAAGAUGGCCAGGGCCCUGAGAAAUUAUGGAAAAACAGGAGAAAUUACGAAGAUCAAACGAAAAUUGACCUACCAGUUCAGUGGAGAGGUGUUGCAGAGAUCCACAAGCAGGAGGCAGUAUAACCACUGAUUGGUUCGUUUUGGACCCCAGGCACUGUUGUGCUAUUUCAUUUCU